CUAAAAUCGAUUGAAAAUCAUGGAAAUUACAUUAUAAUAAUAUGUAGAGAUUAACAAUAGAUGAAGAAAAUAAUUAAAAGAAGUUAUUAAAUAAAUUAGACCUAGGCAUGUUAAAAAGAGUUCGUUCAGUGUGCUUGGAGAAAAAAAAUUGCAUAAGAAAUAAACAGAAAAUUUUGUGCAAUGAUCCGAAAGACGCUUUUGUUGGGAACACCUUUAAGUGCAACGUUAUCAGCUUCUUUAAUUUCUCAAAACUCGGAUGAAAAACAGUCUUUAAAAAAGUCAAUGAUAUCAAAAGCUAGUGAAUUACCAAUUUACACUAGUUUAAUCAGUGAUGAAAAGAAAUGUGAAAAAAAAUCUUCAAAAUUAGUCGAGACUAUUGAAGAAGGCUCAAAGAUUGUCCGAACAGAAUUAACAAAAGUCACUGAUGUUUAUGAUAGUCAAAAAGCUGUCAUAGAGCGAUAUUAUGUCAGUUUUAUGAAGGAUACACAGCACAUAAGAAACUAUUUACAAGAGGAGGAUAAUAGUUUGCCUAGAGUUGGAGCUAUUUUCAUUUCCUCAUUAGCUGGUUUUGUUCUCGGUGGAGUUCGUGGUGGAUUUUUUAGGAAAAUAUUUUAUGCAUCGAUAACUGGAUCUGGAAUGGCAUCUGUGUGUUAUCCAAGGGAAGCGAAGAAAUAUGUGACGAUUGCUUACAACUUUGCAUACGGAAAAAGCCCAAAUGAUUCAAAUCAAAAAGACAUCCCAAAAUUCCCUACCACAUUUGAUGAAGUAAAAGAUCAGGUCACAAUUCUAUCACAAAAAGCCUACGAUGCUGUUUUCAAGAAGUAGAAAAGAUUGUAGAAGUUGUAAUCAGACUUAUGAGAGAAUGCAUUAAUAAACUUAGUGUGAAAACUGUUCUCAAACGUU